UAGCCGCUACCAUUGCAAAAUGUGAGCUGCAUCAUCAUGGAGUGUUUGUUAUAAAGCUUGCACUGUGGUUUGAAAGAGGAUCUCUCUGGAGUCUGCACAUACAGCUGAUCCCUGGCAUAGGUCAAAACCAGUUACAUUAAACCUUUAGCUAUGGAGUGCACAACGUUGCAGAGUAAAGUUAGGUUCUGUUUUUUUAUUGGACUUUGUUGCUUCACUGCUGGGAAUUCGUUGCAGAGCACUGACACAUUACAAGUGUUUGAUCUUGCUGGACAGUGGGACAUUAGAAACUCGGAUAAUUCCACUGUGUUGCAAGGACAGGUACCUGGGUGCGUGCACACUGCCUUACAUGAAAGAGGUAUCAUCAAGGACCCUUACUUUGGUUUUAAUGAUUUGUCAUACAAAUGGAUCAUAAAAGAUGAGUGGAUAUAUAGCAAGUCAUUUAAACUUCCUCCUGAAAUACGACACUGGCAGAAAGUCACCUUGGUCUGUGAUGGAAUUGACACAGUGUCUUCAAUCUUUCUCAAUAAUAUUCCUAUUGGGAAAACGGACAACAUGUUUGACAGAUAUACAAUUGAUAUUACUACAGCAGUUAAAGAAAACAACUACAUUGAAGUAAGGUUUCGGUCUGCUGUUGAUUGGGCAAAAGAAAGAAGCCUUGAGAGCCCAUAUGUUAUUCCUCCAGAAUGCCCUCCAGAGGUACAGAAUGGAGAGUGUCAUGGAAACUUUAUCAGGAAGGCACAGUGUUCAUUUAGUUGGGACUGGGGCCCUACCUUUCCUACUCAGGGUAUCUGGAAAAAUAUUAGGAUUGAGGCCUUUAAUGUUUUCCACUUGGACUAUAUUUCACAUAUCCCACUGUUUGAUAUCAGCGCAUCACAAUGGAUAGUUAAAAUUGAAGCUGUGUUUGAUGUAAUCUCUGUUAAACCAGUUCCUGGUAAAGUGGUGGUCAAGAUACCAGAACUUAACGUUGAUUAUAUACAGGACAUUAUUUUAAAUUCUGGAAAUGUCAAGUAUGAAAUAAAUGUAAAAGUCAAACAGAAUGUUACGAUACAUUUGUGGUGGCCGAAUGGGUAUGGGGAACAAACUGGAUAUAACAUGACAACCAUAUUUGCUUUUGAAGGAGACAACUACGUUGAAAAUGCAUCCAAGGUUUACUUCCGUUCUGUGGAGCUUGUGGAGGAACCAAUCGUUGACUCCCCAGGUCUGUCUUUCUAUUUUAAAAUAAAUGGAGUUCCAAUUUUCCUCAAAGGCAGCAACUGGAUACCUGCUGAUUCAUUCCAGGACAGAAUAACUAGUGACAAGUUAAGAAUUCUUUUACAGUCUGUUGUCGAAGCCAACAUGAACACACUCCGUGUUUGGGGUGGAGGAGUGUAUGAGAGUGAUGAAUUCUACAAAAUGUGUGAUGAACUUGGAAUUAUGGUGUGGCAGGACUUUAUGUUUGCAUGUGCCCUAUAUCCCACCAGUCACUGGUUUUUAGAUACAGUUAAAAAAGAAGUUCUUCAUCAGGUGAGGCGCCUUCGAUCCCAUCCAUCUAUAAUUAUCUGGAGUGGCAACAAUGAAAAUGAAGCAGCAAUGGCUGAGGAUUGGUUUUCAAUUCCAUCUACCCUGAGAGAUGUUUUUACACAAAACUACCUCACCCUUUAUAUAAAAGUAAUUCGAGAGCUUGUUCUUCAGAUGGAUGAGAGCCGACCUUUUCUUGCUUCUAGUCCAACAAAUGGAAAAGAGACAAUAAAAGAGAACUGGCUCGCCAAAAACCCUUAUGACCAUCUUUAUGGCGACAUUCAUUAUUAUAACUAUAUGGCAGACUGCUGGGACUGGAAAGAAUUCCCUAAAGCUCGAUUUGCCUCAGAAUAUGGAUUUCAGUCCUGGCCAUCAUUCAGUACAUUAGAUAAGGUUUCCCUACGUGAUGACUGGUCUUACAUUAGCAAUUUCAGUUCCCACCGGCAGCACCAUUUGAAUGGUAACAAGGAGAUGCUUAUACAGGCUGCUCUUCACUACAAGAUGCCAUUAUCCAGUGAUCCUGUUAUAGAAUUUCAACAUACCUUAUACUUGACUCAGGUAAUGCAGGCACAAUGUGUGAAACUUCAAACUGAGUUCUAUAGACAGAGUCAGAAUGAAAUAAUCAGUGGAGAAGGACAUACAAUGGGGGCUCUGUACUGGCAAUUAAAUGACAUUUGGCAGGCUCCUUCGUGGUCAUCAAUAGAGUAUGGGGGGAAGUGGAAAAUGCUUCAUUACUAUGCAAAGAACUUUUUUGCUCCUGUCGUGGCAAGUGCUUUUGAAGAUAAUGAUAUUCUGCAUAUUUAUGGAGUGUCUGAUCUGCUGCAAAAUCAGUCUUUUAAACUUGUGGUAAAACUCUAUAACUGGAAUUCCAUGGUGUCAGCUUCUCAAAAUAUUACAGAAGAAUUUGUUAUAAAUGCAAGAAGUUCUGUCCCAAUUUACAAGCAAUCAAUACCGGAAUUACUGAAAUUGUCUGGCUCCACAAAACAAAACAGUGUUGUUGUUUUCUAUCUCUUGCACCAAGGUCAAGAAUAUGGUCCCAGGAACUGGCAUUUCCUUAGUUCACUGAAAGAUGCCAUGGGUCUCUUGAAACCCAAUAUCACCGUAUCAGUAAGUCGAGAAAAAGAGAUGUUUAUCUUCAAGCUGGAGACUUUUUCUGUGGCACCUUUUGUGUGGUUAGAUGUGUGGGACAUACCUGGCAGGUUUAGUGAUAAUGGCUUUCUAAUGACGGACAAAACAAAGACUGUGCAAUUCUAUCCUUGGAAAGCGACCACUGUUGAUGAAUUGAAGAGAUUAUUAACUGUUACUUCUCUAAGGGAUAUAUAUUGACCGUGGGCUAAUCAUCUACCUCUUUUUUUAUUUAUUAAUCUAGAAUAAAUUCUCACUUGGCUUCAGUUUCAAGUAGUUACUGCACAAAAGGAUUUUGUAAAGUGACAUUACAUUAGCUGAAAGUUUAACGUACAUUUUUUCCAUUUCUUUCAUAUUACAGUCAAUCAUUUUUCAUCUUUCCAUGACAUGAUUUUCUUGUUAAAGGAUAUGAAACCCAAAAUCUUUAUUUCAUGAUCCAGAUAGAGAAUACAAUUUUAAACAACUUUCUAAUUUACUUUUAUUAAAUCUUCUUACUAUAUGGCAGCAGUUUUGCAAAAAUGUUAUUCAUUUGCAGGAGCACUAAAUAUCAGUUUUGUUUUUUUGCCAUGUAGUGCUCUAGAAACCUACCCAGGUAUCUAUUUAUUUAACAAAGAAUACAAUGAAAACAAAGCAAAUUGAAUAAUAGUAAAGUAAAUUAGAAACUUAUUUUAGAAAAAAAAAAUUGUUUCAUUUUCCUUUAAACAUCACCUCAAAAUAUUUUUUUUUUUCUUAUAAAAGCAAUUUAUUGUCCUUAAACGGAUAUGAAACCGUGUUCCUUUGCUAGACAAAAAUGUUAAAGUAAACAUAAAAAGAUUGUGUUUUAAAAAAACAGCAACCAA